AUGACAAAACAAGAUCUCAUCAACUUCCUCCAAGCUUUGACAACUCCUAAUGUUGUGGAGAAAACAAGUCAAGCUAAUGGGAAAUAUUUCAAAGUAAACGAAACAGAAUUUGAGGCAGAUGCUGAAAAGUUGGUAAUAGAGGAACGAAAGAAGUUUCCAGAAACCAAAAAUAAUGAAAUAUAUAUAGAAGAGAAUAAUGCAAUUAAGCUGAACCUAAGUUUCGGCUAUGUAACCGUGAAAAAUAAUGAUUUGAAACUAUUUAAACCUGGACGCAACUAUUUCUUCGAUACAGUGAAACAAAUAAACAACGCUGAAGACAUCUCAAAUUUGAAAAAGGAAAUAACUGUUGAAACUAUUACACACAAGCUAACUAACAGAUUUCCUGAUUCAUCAACGCGUUUAGUUGGUGUCUAUGCUAUGGCAGCAAAAAUUACUCGAUUAGAUUUUCCUAUUGGAGCACCGAUUAAUUUACCUCAAUACAUCUUGAACUCCACCUCAAUCAUAAGUCUACAGAAUGUUGAUAACAAUUUGUGUUUCUGGUAUUGUGUUGCUGUUGCUGAUGAAGAGUGCAGAAAAGAUAGAGCUAGCAGGAAAGCUAAGGAGUUAUUCAAAAACUUCUAUGGAACUAAGAAACGUGUUACGGAUUAUGUUGGAUUUGAUUAUGUUAACGAGCUUGAUAGAUAUGAAAAUAAACUAUCUUCUAUCUUCUUGUGUCAAAGGUGUGGAAAGAAAUUUGGAGAUAAUGCUAAUCUGGAUAGACAUUAUGAGACUUGCGCCUUAACACAAGAAGACGUAUUUUGUAAAUAUCCAUCACUCUGGAAGAAGGAUAGAAACCUAAUAGUAGAAUUAGCUGAUACCUAUGAUGUAGAUGUUGAUUUUAAGUAUGAUUAUAUGAUAACUUUUGAUAUGGAGUCUAGAAUGCAAAAAAUGAACGAUAAGGUUAGUGAUAAAUUAACAUACACUAUGAAACACAUUCCGACGUCUGUGGCGAUUGCUACAAAUGUACCUGGGUUUGAAGAUGAUAAGUUUAUAUUAAAUGAAGAUCCUAAUGAGCUAGUGAAAGAAAUGUUUAAAUGGUUUGAUGAUGUGGCUUCGAAAGCAAGUCAACUAAUGUUAGAGAAAAUGCAACCACUAUUAUGUCGAUUAGAAUCUAAUGAUAGAUUGAAAUCCAAGGUGCAACGAUAUUGUGAAGUGAUUCCUAUAGUUGGAUUUAAUAAAAUUAUGAAGAGAAGAGAACUAGAUAAAAUUGACCCAAUGGUAAUUAAAGAAGGAAACAGAUACAAGACUAUAAAGACAGGACAGUUUCAAUUUCUAGAUCAAAUGAGUUAUGUCGCUGCUGGUACUAAAUUAGAAAGCUUCAUCAAAGCAUAUGUUAAUGUUCAAAAAGGAUGGUUUCCUUAUGAAUGGUUUGACUCCUAUGAUAAGCUGAAUUAUCUAACACUCAAUUUGACAAUAGAAGAUUUUAAUUCUUCAUUGAAUGGUUCUAUGGCUCAAGAAAACUUUGAAGACUUGAUGAAGAUUUGUGUUGAUAAAAAUUUAGUGACAGUUAGAGAUUUAUUAGAAUGGUAUAAUAUCUUAGAUCUAGACAUGUAUAAAGAUGCUUGUUCGCUACCAGGUCUUAGUGAAAAUAUUUUGUAUCAGUUUCAAAUUAGUGGAUUCGAGGAAUAUUUGAAAGAAAAACCGAAGAAGAUUGAGCAUUAUACCCCUAUAAGUGAAACACAAAUAAAUAAGAGAAUAGAUGGUUAUCGUCAACAAGAUGAAAAAGCAAAAAGACCACCUUGUAAUUUGACUGUUAAUUGUGUUAGAGAAAUAUUAGAAAAUGGGAACCAUAGUUGUAUAUACUGUUGGUUAGAGUUAGGUAGUGAUACAUGGUCUCUUGAUAGAAUUGAUAAUGCUCUGCCUCAUGCCAAAUCCAAUUGUGUAGCUUCCUGUAUCAAAUGUAACAAAGCUAGAUCAGAUAAGAUGUUCAAAGAGUUUUACAGACACAAAGCAAUGUUGAGAUUCGAAAAGGAUCAUCCAAUGAUCUGGUUGUUUGGAGAAGAAAACAAAAAUGCAUUCUACAAGCUCAAAAAGAAUAUAACUGGUGGUGCAUCUAUUGUGUUUCAUAGAUAUCAUGAAGUAAAUAAAACAGAAAUAACACGAGCUCAUUACAACGGUACCGAAUGGACGUAUCCAGAAAAAGGUAAAGCUGUGAAGAAAAUAGUAGGGUUCGAUGCAAACGCUUUAUACCUUCAUUCUCUGGGUGAGGAAAUGCCGUGUGGAAAACUAUAUUUUAAGGAGAGUAAUAAUUGGAAAGUGGAUAUUGAAGUCCCUAAAGAUAAGUGGAACUAUUUUAGUGAGAUGUGUCCAAUCUUUGUAAAUAAGGAAUAUGAUGAAACUAUCUGUGGAGAUUAUACAUUAAAUCUUUUGGAAUCCUUAGAAAGAAAACCAACAAAAAGUAGAAAACUGCGGUGGAUGUUAGAACAUGGUUGUGUAGUUACAAAACUCUAUGGAUAUAUUGAAGCUAAACGGAGAAGAAUUUUUAAAGGUUUCAUGGAUUGGGUCUCAGAUGAAAGAAGAAAAGGUGACGUUGACUCAAAGUAUGCAAUCAUCUCAGAAGCCCUGUUAAAAUUUGAAACUGAUUGUGCUAUUUUCCGUACUGAGUGGGUAGAAAAGAGGAAUUCGUUUUGGGGAGUCAGCGCAGAGCCAGAUGAGCCACCACUUGCAGAAGUUGCUAGAAAGUGCUAG